AUGAAAAGUCAUAUGAAUUUUUCAAGCGAUGAGAUCUAAGCAGAUAGAAUGCUCCAAAGAGUCAUUAAUAGUCAUUUAGAUGGUUGUAUAUUCAAAAUAAACGAAGAAGAUCUUAAUAAAGAUAAGUUGAAGGUGUUAUCACUACCUUAAAAUGAAUUUUCGAGCUCAAAUCUCAAUUAAAAUAUUGAGUUCUUGAUACUAAACAGAAGACUAAUGCAGCUAAGAUGGUAAGAAAUAUAUGUUAGUCUUCUGCGAUCAUUCAAAGAUGAAACUUUAUGUCCUGUUAUAAGUAAGGAAUUCAUUAAAGUCUUUGAGUAGGAAAGUGUUUAAUAUUUAAAAAAGCUUGUCUGGGCUGUAAAUACCUCAAUUUCUACAGAUUUAGAAAACUAAAAUAAAGAUAAUUCAAUUAAUCUUUAUGGAUUAUUUUCUCUAUUUGGCUGGAGAAGUGUAAGAACUACUGAUAAGCAUUAUCUAGAAUGCUGUUUCUGUGCUAGAUCGAUAGAGUUUGGAAUACUUAAACUACAAAAGAGUAAAUAUGUUCUGAUUGAAAUCAAGCAAAAUGAAGAUAAUGACUAGAAUGAUCUAGUCCCUGAGAAUGCUGAAUUAUUUGAGUUUGAUCCUCUAAAUGCUCAUCACAAAUUCUGCUACAAUCAUCCUUAUUCAAAGCCUAAUAAGCAAAAGGCUUACUAGUUUUUAGUAUAGAUGCUACUAAUUAAAUAUUCAAAAGAUCCCUAACUACUUUAUAUAAGAAAUUAAGUUCUUAAUGAUGAUAACUAGCACAUUGAAAGUAAAGUCUUCGACUCAUCUAAACUAUAAGGUCUAUCUGAAUUCGUUUAGGAUCAAAUAAUUCAGAAAAUAAAAGACAAGCAAGAAAUAUAAAGCAUAAUCUCAAACUACCAAUAGAAAUAGGAGGAAUAAAACUAGAUUGCUUAGCAAGAUAGCUAGCUUGGAAAAAGAAUAUUGAGAGAAGAUGCUGACGGAAAAGAUGUUAUCUCUCAAGUAAAGUAAUCACUUGAAGAGAAUAGAAAGAGACUUAAGUAUUUUCAAGAGCAAACUCUUAAACUUAGAGAACUGGUAAAGAAAUGA